GCUUUUAAAUGGGAUUCUUGCAUGGAGAGUUCUGUUUUCUUACCUGUUAAGUUUGUGGGGUUUUUUUAUGGUGUGAAUGGAUCUACUGCUUUUAGGUUUUUAAUCCAUAAUUAAAACAAAAUUGUCCUUGAAAAUGAAGGCGGAUGAAUAGAAAUUUCGAGGGCAAAAUGGUAUAUUAUUUUCUCCUCCCUUCCUGCCUCACUCCCUCUUGCAAAGUUUGUCUCUUUCUAGAAGAUGCCCAAGCUUUUGCUUUUCUUAGCAAUGGAGUCUUCUCUUUUGUCCUCAUUUGGGGUUUUUGGAGGGUGUGGGUUGUGAGUCAGGCCUGUGUGUUGCUUCUAUGGUUUCCUAUGGGAAGUGAACAGGAAGUCCAUAAUGAAAUUCCUUGGAGGCGGGAGCCAAGGCUAAGCCCCAGAUUCAUUUAUGUAUGUCUCAUCUACACCUUAUAUACCCAUAGCCUGAAGGCAAUUUUAUACAUAUUAUUUCUUACAAUAAUUUUGUGCGUGAAGCAAAGUUUGGGUACAUCGAACCGUCAGAAAGCGCAGGUGCCACUGUCUCAGCCACCUCCGAGAAAAGUAGGGACCCUACACAAAUGCUUGGUAAAAGCGGACAAUUUGGAACUGAGCGACCAAUGCCAGGAAGCGACAGGAUUAACCCCCGAAGGCCUGAGCAAAGCGGAGCCGCUGGACCGAGUUCUCCAACAGUUCAGCCAGCUAGUGUCGAGUGAUCUGAAAGCUCUGGGGAAAAGCUCUUACACUUUCUGCACAGAUGGCCAGCUACUCAUUCGACAGGUUCUUCACCCUGAAGCCUCAAAAAAGAAUCUCCUCCUCUCUGACUGCUUUUAUUCGUUUUAUGAUCUCCGCAAAGAAUUCCACGAUUCCUAUCCAAACUCAGCCUCCGCGAAGGAUCAGACUAUCCAGUCUAUGGCAGAGUCUAUAGGAUAUGGGAUAGAUGAAACGGAGGAAGAUUUUGGAGUGUGGCAAGUGAAAGCCAUGGUGGCCAUUAUUUUCAGCAUGCUUCCAGAUUCAUGUAUUGCAGAUCACCGGUUUACUACCCCUGAAACUGUGAAAUACAAGUAUGAAACUGGACCUUGUAGUAAAUCAGAAACAGUGGAUAGCGAAACAGUCAUACGAGCUCGAGGUCUCCCUUGGCAGUCUUCUGACCAGGACAUAGCUCGGUUUUUCAAAGGCCUUAAUAUUGCCAAAGGUGGUGUGGCCCUGUGUCUGAAUGCUCAAGGGAGGAGAAACGGAGAGGCCUUAGUGCGAUUUGUCAACUCCGAACAGAGAGACUUAGCCCUGGAACGGCAUAAACACCAUAUGGGGAGUAGAUACAUUGAGGUUUACAAAGCAACCGGAGAGGAAUUUCUGAAGAUUGCUGGAGGCACCUCCAAUGAAGUAGCACAGUUCCUCUCCAAGGAGAACCAAGUCAUCAUCCGGAUGCGGGGCCUCCCUUUCACAGCCACACCGGAGGAUGUCCUGGGCUUCCUGGGACCCGAAUGUCCGGUCACAGGCGGGAAGGAAGGGCUCCUCUUCGUCAAGUAUCCAGACGGACGGCCCACGGGAGAUGCUUUUGUCCUGUUUGCUUGCGAAGAGUUUGCACAGAAUGCACUUAAGAAACACAAGGAAAUCCUUGGGAAGCGUUACAUUGAGCUCUUCAGAAGCACGGCAGCAGAAGUCCAACAGGUCCUGAACAGAUACAUGUCCACCCCUCUCAUCCCCACUCUCCCCACGCCUAUCAUUCCUGUGAUACCACCGCCUUACACCAUUGCUGCCGGCAGCGCCAGGGAUUGUGUCCGGCUCAGGGGCUUGCCCUACACUGCAGGGAUUGACGACAUUCUGGAGUUCAUGGGAGAAGCUACUGCGGACAUCAAGCCUCACGGAGUCCACAUGGUCCUGAACCAGCAAGGCCGCCCGUCCGGAGAUGCUUUCAUCCAGAUGAAAUCCUCCGACCGGGCUUACCUGGUUGCCCAGAAGUGUCACAAGAAGAUGAUGAAGGACCGUUACGUGGAAGUGUUCCAGUGUUCAGGAGAGGAGAUGAAUUUUGUUUUAAUGGGUGGCACUUUAAAUCGUAGUGGCUUGUCUCCGCCACCAUGUAAGUUACCAUGCCUUUCUCCCCCAGCCUAUGCUGCUUUCCAGACCGCUGCAGCUGCGGUGAUUCCAGCAGAAGCGGCCAUAUACCAGUCGCAAGCGCUCCUUCCGCAGACAAGGACCCAGCAAGCGUCAGCAGCCGCCGCAGCUGCCGCCGCCGCAGCUGCCGCUACUCCAGCUGUUACUUACUACCCAGCUCAGGCAGCUCAGCUUUAUAUGAACUACACUGCAUACUACCCCAGCCCUCCAGUGUCCCCUACCACAGUGGGGUACAUCACAGCUCCGCAAGCAGCGGUUGCGGCUGCCACUUCAGCCACACACACUCCGAUGCUGCCCCAGCCUGGUGCUCUUGUCCGGAUGCAAGGAUUGCCUUACAAUGCCGGCAUGAAGGAGAUUCUCAGCUUCUUCCAGGGUUACCAGCUCCAUGCAGACGCCAUCCUCCCGCUUUACAACUUCAGUGGUCAGCCCAGCGGAGAAGCUUUGGUCACUUUCCCCAGCCUGGACUCGGCCAGGAAAGCCGUGGCUGAGCGAAGCGGGUGCCUCCUGGGAAGCCACUGUGUGGAACUCUGCCUAGUCUAGCCCCAAAGGUCUUUGGGCAGAUGGCCUGAAAUGUGGGAACCAGCUUCCACCCUCAAGAACAACCAGGUCUUCCCUCGCCAAUGUGUCUUUUCCUCCUCCUGCAACUUAAGGGCAACUAAUCCUCGCGAGCGGCUUCCAGCAAGAGGAAUGAAACUGAACCGCUCAUCCCACCCAAAAUUAGAACAUAGUUCUAGAAUGCAUUAUUUCUGUGAAAAAUCCCGACACAUUAAUUUGGAGAGCGCCGACGGCAGUUCAGCAGUCAUAGCCUCAAGGGAUCAAUUUUCGUUUUGCUUUAUGUAAUAAUUCAGAGAGGAAAAGGAGGCGUAUUAAUCAACCUCCUUUAAACUCGUCGUUUUAGUUUCGAAUCCAUGUUUGCCAAAAGAUGUGCCUUUAUUUGGAGGAAGGGGUCGGAGAGGCGCGGGGAAGCCUUUCUUCCAAAGACUCUUUCCCCAGAAAUGUUGCCUUGUCAAGUCCUGUGGGAUGUUUCUAUUUGGUUUCUGUAGAUUAAGCUUGGAAACAGCAUCCAAAUGAAUUCAGAGAAGAUGUUUUUCAGGAUUUUUUUUUAAAAUAAGCUUUUUUGUGAGGUUCAACAGAAAUAAUUAAACAUAAAGCCAUAUCGGUUUCAUAGCGUUCAAGCUGCCAACUUGUAAACCAAACGAAAAGAAAUCCAGAUAUUUUUAUGUUAAAAGUAAUAUUUCACUAGGGACAAGUACGGCACAUAAACCUUAAGGACUAGUAACUUAUAUGUUUUUGUUUUAUUUAAGGCUCAUAGCUCUCGGAUACUGUAUUAAAGCAUAUUUUGCUCUAGUUUAUGUGCAUGCCCUUUUGUUUACAGCCUUAAUACUUUAUUUGUAUAUUACGAAAGAAGCAAACAAAACAGGAGUGGAAAUCUCGACGUAAUUAGUGCAUGUCUCUUUUUAUUUUUUAAUGUAUGUAUAUACAUGUUCAAAGGAUAUAGUUUUUAUGUUGUGUAGCCUGUAAUGAGACGUCUACUGUAGAAGCACUCAGAUGAUUUUGGUUUUCACUGUGCCUUGAUCAGGACUUUUCUCAAAAUGUGCAAUAACAGCAGAAGAAACGACAAGGAGCCCACUUGUGCAAAAGGCUCUCGAGGGACCUGUGUGUGUGCAGGGAUUGCGUUCUUCUUCUUUUGGCUAGGCGUACAACUCUGAGUAGUACUUAAAAGGGAAUCAGACCCCUAUCCCCACCCCAAAUGAUGAUGUAUGCUUCUUUAUAUGAUAAGAAAUAAUAAAAAAGAUACUUGCAGAAAGAA